AUGUUGCGCUUCGCGAUUUUGUCGGCUUUCGUCAUUUCUGCGGCGCUCGCUUGCAAUCCAUGGCCGAACACCACCGAGACGAAGGUGACCUGGUGGCAAGUCUCGCAGGGACCCAUCAUCGUCACCAAUGUGAAUCCAACCGAUAAGGCCGGAAAUCCGGAAUAUCCUAUUAGGCUCACCGAACCGCUUCUCAUUGGGACCACUUUGAACAACCCAAGUUCGACGUACACAUCGCCCAAUCUCAAGCAAACCAUCAAGGUUUGGCAGUGGAGUGUCGCUUGCAAGUGGACAAGUGUGCCGACGUUUGGACUCUUGAACAAUCUUGACGCUUGCACCAAUGGAGUUCCAUGCCCAAUUGUUCCUGGAAACAACCAGCUCGUCAAUUUCGAGCUUGACUUCUCUGAUACUCCAGCUAUCAUCGGCCUUCUCAAGAAUGACAAGCCAUACCAACUCGAGUACAUUCUUCAUGACACCAAGUCCGAUGAAUACCUCGACAUCAUCUUCCAAGCUCGUGCUCUUACUAAAGAUGAUUAA